AAUAAAUAUGCCAUUUAGCAGAUGCUUUUCUCCAAAGUGACUCAUGCGUGCAUACAUUUUACGUAUGGGUGGUCCCACAGUGACAGUGUUCAAUUUCUACUAGCAUCAUGGCUGCCAGCCAGCAGAAAGGCACCGCAGUGCUGGAAACCUCAACAGAGGGGAAGAGAACAGAGCUCCGGGCCAAUGAAGUACAGAAGAAAUGCUCAUGGGCCUCUUAUAUGACCAACUCCCCCACUGUGAUUGUGAUGAUUGGUCUUCCUGCCAGAGGGAAAACCUACAUGUCCAAGAAGCUGACCCGCUACCUCAACUGGAUAGGAGUGCCAACCAAGGUGUUCAAUCUGGGGGUCUACAGGCGAGAGGCUGUAAAAGCCUACAAAUCCUAUGACUUCUUCAGACAUGACAAUGAGGAGGCCAUGGAAAUCAGAAAGCAGUGUGCUCUGGUGGCUCUGCAGGAUGUCAAAACGUAUCUGACUGAGGAGGGGGGCCAGAUCGCUGUCUUUGAUGCCACAAACACCACCCGAGAGAGGAGAGAAUUAAUCCUUAGUUUUGCAAAGGAACAUGCUUACAAGGUGUUUUUUGUGGAGUCAUUGUGCGACGACCCUGAUGUCAUUGCUGCUAAUGUUAUGGAUGUGAAGGUGUCCAGUCCAGACUACCCAGAGAGACACAGAGAGAGUGUGAUGGAGGACUUCCUGAAGAGAAUAGAAUGCUAUAAAGUCACCUACCAACCAUUAGACCCAGAUGAAAAUGACAGGUUAGACAUUCUCCUGAGUUCUCUCUUUUAA